AUGGGUGAGCUCCUUAUAAAGGCAGGCGCCAAUAUAGAUCUCGCAGACAACAUGGGUGUCACACCUUUGCACGCUGCAGUGGAUCACGGUCUUUUUGAAAUUGUUGAGUUGUAUCUGGAAAAAGAGCUUAUCCGAGCAGGAGCUAAUAUCAAUUUCAGAGAAAACGGAGGAAAUUCAUUGCUGAACACCGCAGUGAAUCAUAAUUGUGUCAAAAUUGUUGAAGUUUUACUGAAGAAACUGGUUGAUGUGAAUGUGCAGAAUUGUUUUGAAAGGACUCCUCUGCACAAACAUGCAGAUUUGAAUGCAAAGGAUGUUAAUGGAAACACUCCACUUCAUAUCGCUCUUGGAAUUCCUUAUCCACGUUUUAAAAUGAUCAAAUUGCUACUAGAGGAAGGUGCUGGUUUUAAAAUUAAGAAUGUAGAUGGAUAUAUACCGUUAGCAGUCGCACAUAAAAGG